GUUUACAUCCUCCUCAGCUGUUUCUUUCUUCUUCCACUUCGACACAGCGGCUCACAAGCCACUCACUUCUUUGCCUUUCAACACAACCUGCAAGUUUCGCGUACAGUAGCCUACAUUAAACAGUGGUUGGCAUCGGAAGGGGCGGCUUGUUGGCGCGUCUGGAAGCACUGUCACUGACCGACCGUCGCAGUGCACAUCCAGAUACACCGAGUGAGUUAAUGCGACACUGCAUUGUUACUCCCUGCCUGGACAUGACGGUUGUCUGAGCAAACACUCGAGGAGUCACAGCGUCCUUCAGCCACCCGUUCAUCUCCAUGCCACUCUGAGGAGGAAGAGGAAUCACUCAUCCUGAGUAAAAGUUCUGCCCUUGUGUUUGUCUUCUCUUUUCGCCAUGGGGGGAGCCGUGAGCGCCGGGGAGGACAAUGACGACCUCAUUGAUAAUCUGAAGGAGGCUCAGUAUAUCCGCACAGAGAAGGUUGAACAGGCUUUUCGGGCCAUAGACCGUGGUGACUACUACCUGGACGGCUAUCGGGACAGUGCCUACAAAGACUUGGCCUGGAAGCAUGGCAACAUACACCUGUCUGCUCCGUGUAUAUACUCAGAGGUGAUGGAGGCCCUCAAACUGCAGCCAGGACUGUCUUUCCUCAACCUGGGCAGUGGAACCGGCUACCUGAGCACAAUGGUUGGUCUUAUCAUAGGACCAUUUGGUGUGAACCACGGAGUUGAGCUUCACAAGGAUGUUGUUGAAUAUGCCCGAGAGAAACUGGAUGAUUUUAUAAAGAAUAGUGAAACCUUCGAUAAGUUUGAGUUCUGUGAACCCGUCUUCGUGGUGGGGAAUUGCCUUGAAAUCUCAACAGACAGUCAUCAAUACGAUCGCAUUUAUUGCGGCGCAGGAGUGCAGAAAGACCACGAAAAUUACAUGAAAGUGCUGCUAAAAAUUGGAGGCAUUCUGGUGAUGCCCAUAGAGGAUCAGCUGACCCAGAUAACCAGGACUGGGCAGUGCACAUGGGAGAGCAAAAACAUCUUGGCGGUGUCCUUUGCCCCCUUGGUCCAGCAGAGCAGAGCUGAUGGAGAGAAGCCUGACACUGUGCAGCUGCCGCCGGUGACUGUCCGCAGCCUUCAGGAUCUGUCUCGCAUCUACAUCCGCCGCACGCUCAGGAACCUGGCCAACGAGGACAGUCAGGGGAAGGGGACGGUGCAACGGGUUCCCCAGAAGCGCAAACGCAGGCGCUGCCGGCGGCGACGCAUCAACACCUAUGUUUUUGUAGGCAAUCAGCUGAUCCCCCAAAUGGUGGAGAGCGAGGAGGAGGAGCACAAUGAGGAAGAGCACAAGGAAGUGGAGGAGGAAGAGGACAGAGACAUUGGCGACAUUGAAAUCCUCAAGCAAGUGAACAUGUUGAGAGACCAAAUAAUGGCUCUGCCGCUGCCUGAGUCAUUGAAAGCAUAUUUGCUGUACUUCAGAGAGAAAUGACUGAUUCACUUAAUGGGUGCAGCGCCUGCUGAAAUGUUUUUUUUCAUCCUUUUCAGUACAAAUGUUGCAUUAUUUCCAAUAAAUCUUAAUGGCAAAACUGUAAUGGAAAAAGACAUCAUAGAUAUUAUUGGAUUAUAAUGUUAUGAUUGCUAUGAGUUCUUUGAUUUUGUUGACUUUUUUUUCUUUUGAAUUGUACACCAAGAAACAAAAAAACUUGUAAGAAGUAUUCUUUAUGGACUUAGUGUCGGAAAUCUGUUUCGCAAACCAGAUUUUAUCCCAAUGUCAGGUUUUCUGCAGAAGUGUGCAGAUACAAAAUUGUACAAAAAAUAAAGAUCUUACUAUAUUUGUUAAAAUAUGAUCAUGCUAAGAUGAAGACUUUUAUUGCAGCUUUAAAAAAAAAAAAAAAGAAGAAAAAAGAAAGGCUUUAACUUACUGUCAGUGUCUGAGGAUUCACUAAAGCUGAAAGAAGCAAGAGACACUGAGAGGCAAAUUAGGACAAGUCCUCCCAUCUUGAGUCUUAAAGUAAGAUGUUCUUGCAUAAUCAUGAAUGGGACUCUUAGGUCAUCACUUAUCUUGAUAUUUCACUUUCAGUCAAAACGUUUGUACCUUCCUAUUACAAGAAAUCAUUGAGCGACCUGAGUGGUUCAUAAUUUUUUCUACAGGGCACCUUUUAAGUAACUUUUUCUACAGGGUGCUGACAUAUUGUGUUUUCUCACUUUGCAUAUGACUAGCUGAUAUCCUGGUUGACAUAAUACGGUAUUGUAGGCCCUCUCCUCUUUCCAGUGUUGAUUCAAUUUGUAUAAUGGUUAAAUUAAUCAUGUCAGAGGUUCAAAGAAUUGAUCAAGGUAAUAAGGGUUCUUUUCUUUUAAGGGGAUUCUGUUUGAAGAGGAGAUGUCAGUCUAUAAUGAGUACAUGCAUGAAUAUACUGUGUAUGUGUUGGGUGUUCCUGACUUUGCUUCACUUUUUAUGAUUGGUCACUGGAGGUGAUGUCCCAGGUGAUCAAGUUUGGAAAUGUUUUGGAAAAAAAAAAUACAAAAAAGGAUGAAAAUAAAAUCAAUCAAUUUGAAGGCCUUGAGACACAUCUACAAUUGUGUAUAGUACUGCAUCCUUUUUACUAUUAGACAACAAUGCAAAUCAGAAUCACUGAGGAUUUUGAAGCCUUUUUGUAUCCUGGACUGAAGAAGUGUCCGAUAAAGCACCUUAUCAUGCAGUCCUCAAGUGAAAAAAAAAAAGACAAAUGAACAAAGGUGCCAUUUUUGGCUAAUUUUUUAUUGUGGACUGGACUUCUUGUCAUGUUCAUCCUGUUAAAUCAAAGUACAAUUUGCUUGCACAACUUCCCGGAUAGUGAUGGCCUUUAAGUGCCAACAAACCCCAUCACUUUAGGACUUUUGAGAGUUCCCUGGCACAGUAAUUUACCUUCCUAAAAAUGCUGUAAAAAAGAAAAAGAAAAAAAAAAAGAAAACAUUCCACAUUGAGAAAGAAAAUAGCGCAUCACUGAUAGAUGUCACACUUUUUUCUUCGUGCUUUACCAUCACAGACUUGGAAAUUUUCUCCAUCAUAGUUUGAAUGCAUAUUUUAGUAUUCCAGAAGCUGAGUUGAAUGUUGUUGAUAUUAAUUCUAUUCAAUAUAAGAAGUGAUGAUAUAGAUGUAUUGUUUUCAUAUGAUUCUGCAUACUGUUUAAGUUGCAUUUGGUUUGUUGUAGCGCCCUCUUGUACUGUAUUUUGACACUGGGAACUCUGUAGAUCAAAACUCCACUGCUGUCUGUUUAAUAGAUAAGACUUUUUUUGUUCUGGUGUAAUGAAAAAAAAAAUACUUUGUUUGAAAAUGGGGGUGAUAAUUAUAUUAGUAAUUUGUGUGUGAAUACGUUUACUUUUUUUCUGUCCGUUUUUCUUUUCUUUUUUACAUUCAUCAAAAAGCUUUCCAAGUAAGCAAUAAUGGAACAAUUCCUCUUGUAAUUACCCAUAAGAAAAUGACCCCAUUUAAUUCGCGUAGCAUCCAUUAAAUUUCACAUGACCAAUUACAGACAUGCAGCGGUUUGUGCACCAUUCUCUGAAAUGUAAUAGCUAAUUAGAGAGCACAUGAAGCAUUGAAAGCAAUGGGGCCAGCCACGUCGACUCUCAGGUCAUGUCUUGCACCAAAGUUAACGGGACUUCUGUGAUUGUGUUUAAAUGUGUACAAGAGUCGACUACAAAAUUGGCACCCAGAACAGAAUAAGUCAGGCUUUAUAUUAGGUGAAUUCGUCAAGAGCACGUACAGUUGUGUCACUGUUUAUCAGGCCUAUAGGUUCAUUUCUCAUAGAGUGUGCUGUUCAUUUUGAAAAUGUGUUGUUCCUUCAUAAAUGUUUGGCACAAAAAUAAAGGUCACAAUCACA